AUGCAACGGAUCGAGAAGCGCCCGCACAUCCAUCAUCAGCUGAUCCAAUCUCUGGAUCGGAGGGAUAGGACGACCACUCGGCAAGGGGAAGCGGACGGGAAUGCCUCUUCAAGCGCCGAAGGUGAUCGUCGAAAGCUGGAAGAUAAGGGGACGGGACGAACUCGCGAUCGUGGAGGUCGUCUACGGUCGAUGGUGGAUGCUCUGUGGGCCGCGAGGUUCCGGCCGUGCCUCUUCGAGUUCCCUCGAGUCGGUCGGUCAUAUGUAAUCAUGGCCAACAGUUCCGAAAAUCGGUCUCCAGAUGGUCGUCAGAUCACUCCUGGAAAAGAAGAGAAACCUGAAUGCAACUCAAUCCAGGAAUCCGUGAAGGAGAUGCUACGGGAAACGGAAUGUCACUUUUCGUGGUGGCCGGACGAGCACGGCGGCGUUCGUCGUGUCCCGAGCCAGGUUUCCAAAAUCGAAGAGAAACAAGUUAUCCACGAAGAAGAUGGCGAGCCCGUACUCAUGGCGGCAUACGGCCUCCUGCUCGCUUAUGAACACGGCCGACAAGGAGAUCUCUCGAGAGCUCGCGAUAUUCUACGGGGAAUCCAGUCGGACAUGGGGAAGCUGGACGAUGCCACGCAAGAAGAAAGAGAAGCACUCCAAUAUCUCACGAGUUGCGACCUCGCCCAUGUGUAUUUCUUGUUUGAGGAUUUUGAGGGAGCCAGAGAGAUUCUCCUGAAAACACAAAAAUUUUCGGACUUACCAGAGAAAGUGAAAGCUGAAAUUCUGUGUGCAAAAGCAGGUGCCUUCUCUGAGUGCUCCAUAGAAUGUUAUCCGUAUGCCCUUGAAGUGUAUAGGAAAGGAGUUACGAUGGAUCCAGGAAACUACAAUCUUCACUUAGGGGUGGGAAUAAUGCUAAGAAAAAUCCGUCGUGUUGAAUUCAGUAGUAAUCUUCCCACAGAUGAAGAAGUCAUCGCACUGAGAAGGGCGGUCGAGAUCAAGAGGUGCCCGAACGGUUUGAUAUAUCUUGCCGAAUCAUUGAAAGACUCGGUAAGAUCUGCAAGGCUUUCAAGAGGCUACCCCACGAUCGAUCGCCGAACGAGACGCAGACUUACUCAAGAGGCCCAUGCCCUGUUCGUAGAGGCUUCUCGGUGUCCAUCUCUGAACGCAAAGAACCUCGUGAGAUGCGGGGACGGCCUGAUGAGACUUCCUCCGGAAUUGAGGGACCCGCACAAGGCCGAAGAAUGCUACCUGAAUGCAUACGCCAUGUGUCCGAGCAACAGCCUGGUGAAUCACAAGCUGGGAAUAUUCUACUGGAGGCAGGGGGACUCAGAACAGGCCAAAAUGCAUCUGUUGGCUGCCAUCGAUCUUCCCUAUGGCAACGGAAACUUCACAGCACAUGCGACAUACGUCUCGCUGAUGCUGAACGAAACGGAGUUUGAUGUUGCCGUCGAGUGGCAAGAAAUGCUGAAGAGAUAUCCAGAACUGCCGCACCAAAUUCAGUUGCACAUCGUUCAAAUGCAAUACUUUUCCGAGUAUCAGCCAGAAGCUGGAUUACGUCAUGCUGAAAAUGCCCUCGACACCUUGCUACAAUUGAAGAAAUUCACACGGGUUUAUGAGUGCUCCCAUCCCCUGUCAAGGGAUGGACGACGUCGGAAUGUGAAGUAUCCACAAGUGAAUGCUGCCCAUAAGUUUCUGUCGGACGGGUUUGCGAACCUUCGCGAACUGCUCCCUUGGGAGUGGGACCGCAUCGAGAUCAUGACGGGGAAGCUGAACGCGUGGAUCGACGAGUACGUCCAGGCACCAGGAGACGCCUAUCCGAAGAUCGGCAUUCAGAUCGAUCCUGAAAGAGGAGAGAAGAAUGAAUGCAAACCCAUUCAGGAAUCCGUGAAGGAGAUGCUGGAGGAAACCGAAUGUCACUUUUCGUGGAAGACGUUUGAGAGCGGACGUAAUCAACGUGCAGAGAGUCACAUUUCCAAAAUCGAGGAGAAACAGAUCAUGCAUGAAGAAGAUGGUGGGCCCAUGCUCAUGGCAACUUACGGCCUCCUGCUCGCUUAUGAACACAGUCGACAUGGAGAUCUCUCGAAAGCGCGCGAAAUUCUGCAGGGAAUUCAGUCGGAUAUAGAGAAGAUGGAUGAUUCCACGCCUGAAGAAAGAGCAGCACUCCAAUAUCUCACGAGUUGCGACCUCGCCCAUGUGUAUUUCUUGUUUGAGGAUUUUGAGGGAGCCAGAGAGAUUCUCCUGAAAACACAAAAAUUUUCGGAUUUGUCAAAGAAAGUGAAGGCUGAAAUUCUUUGCGCUAAAGCAGGUGCCUUCUGCGCCUUUUCUGCCGAAUGGUUUCCGCAUGCCCUUGAAGUGUAUAGGAAAGGAGUUACGAUGGAUCCAGGAAACUACAAUCUUCAGUUGGGAGUGGGCUUGAUGUUGAGAAAAAUCCGUCGUGUUGAAUUCAGUAGUGUUUUCCCCACAGAUGAAGAAGUCAUGGCACUGAGGAAAGCAGUCGAAAUCAAGAGGUGUCAGAACAGUUUGAUAUAUCUUGCCCACACUCUGGAAGAUAUGCAUAGAGCUGCAAAGGUUUUUGGGCACAAACUCAUGAUCGGUCGCCAAAUGAGACACAGAUUCACUGAAGAGGCCCAUGCCCUGUUAGUAGAGGCUUCUCGGUGUCCAUCUCUGAAUGCGAAUAGCUUGGUGAGAUGUGGCGAAGGCCUGAUGAGACUUCCGCCGGAAAUGAGGGACCCGCGCAAGGCCGAAGAAUGCUACCUGAAUGCAUACGCCAUGUGUCCGAGCAACAGCCUGGUGAAUCACAAGCUGGGAAUAUUCUACUUGAGGCAGGAGGACUCAGAACAGGCUAAAAGGCAUCUGUUGGCUGCCAUCGAUCAUCCCUAUGGCAACGGAAACUUCACAGCACAUGCGACAUACGUCUCGCUGAUGCUGAACGAGAUGGAGUUUGAUGUUGCUGCCGAGUGGCAAGAAAUGCUGAAGAGAUAUCCAGAACUGCCGCACCAAGUUUCGUUGCACAUCGUUCAAAUGCAAUACUUUUCCGAGUAUCAGCCAGAAACUGGAUUACGUCAUGCUGAAAAUGCCCUCGACAUGUUGCUGCAUUGGAAGAAACCCAUACAAGUUUAUGAGUGCUCCCAUCUCCUGUCAAGCGGUGGACAACGCCGGAAGGUGAAGUAUCCACGAGAGAAUGCUGCCCAUAAGUUUCUGUCGGACGGGCUUGCGAACCUUCGCGAACUGCUCCCUUGGGAGUGGGACCGCAUCGAGGUCAUGACGGGGAAGCUGAACGCGUGGAUCGACGAGUACGUCCAGGCGCUGGGAGACGCCUGUUGCAUGUAAACAAGGACUUGCAAUUGGUUUUGCUGCAA